CCUCGUUAAGCUCAUUUCUCUUUCAACUUCUGCCAACUUCUGCAAAGUUUCCAAAUAUAUAUAGUAUAUCUUAACUUUCCUCCUAAUUUCUACACAAUCCCUCUGAAUCUUUUGUAACCUUAACUAUAUACUAUCCAUUUUCAGUCCAUGUUAAUUUUCACAGGUGAAGAGAAAUUAAUUAAGAGAAUCAAAUUAUGGGGUUGAACAAUGGGUCCAGUUUUUUGGCUGAUUUCGUGAGGCAGUGCGGUGGGUGCGCGGUGAUAGACGGUGGACUUGCGACAGAGUUGGAAAGGCAUGGUGCUGACUUAAAUGAUCCUCUUUGGAGUGCUAAAUGCCUUGUUAGCUCUCCUCAUCUUAUUAGAAGGGUGCACCUAGAUUACCUGGAAGCUGGUGCCAACAUUAUAAUUUCUGCAUCUUAUCAGGCAACACUUCAGGGAUUUGAAGCCAAGGGAAUAUCAAGGGAAGAAGGUGAAGCAUUACUUAAAAGAAGCGUGGAGAUAGCAUGUGAAGCGCGAAACAUAUAUAAUGAUAGAGCUGGCAAAGGUUCUUGGGAUGAUUUUGGUGAUGGAACCGAUUUGAAACGCAAACCGGUAUUGGUUGCAGCGUCUGUGGGAAGCUAUGGAGCUUAUUUGGCUGAUGGUUCUGAAUAUAGUGGAAUUUAUGGUGAUGCAAUUAGUGUGAAAACACUUAAAGAUUUUCAUCGAAGGAGAGUUCAGGUUCUUGCAAAUUCAGGUGCUGAUUUGAUUGCAUUCGAGACAACUCCGAACAGAAUGGAAGCUCAGGCUUAUGCUGAGCUUCUUGAGGAAGAGGCGAUUAACAUUCCAGCCUGGUUUUCCUUCAGUUCUAAAGAUGGUACCAAUGUAGUCAGUGGUGAUUCUAUGGUAGAAUGUGCUUCGAUUGCUGAUUCGUGUAAGCAAGUUGUUGGAAUUGGAAUCAAUUGUACCCCUCCAAGAUACAUUCAGGGACUGAUCCAAUUGAUCCGACAGGUAACAAGUAAACCAAUACUUGUAUAUCCUAACAGUGGUGAGACUUAUGAUGGUGAAAAGAAGGAAUGGGUGGCUUCAACGGGUGUUGCAGAGGAAGACUUCGUGUCAUACGUGGACAAGUGGUGCGAUGCUGGAGCGUCUCUCGUGGGGGGUUGCUGCAGGACCACCCCAAAAACCAUUAGAGCCAUUUCCAAGGUUCUCUCCAGCAGGUCUCACAGGGUUUAAACUAAGUGUUCGGGGCUAAUAUGUUGAAUUAUGGAGAACUAAAAGGCUUAAAAUGUUGCUCCAAGUUUGUACCAUCUAUGCGUAUGGCUUUUGUAAAACAGAACAAUGUUUAUAAUGUUAUGUAUUUUUAUCUUCGUUUU